AUGUUGCGCACAUCGUUGCGAUCUGUCAGGGCUGUAGGCAGUAGGCCUGCUACUGCUGCUGCCGCCCGUCAAUGGCAGCCCGCGAUCGCGAGAUCACCUAGUCUAAGAUGCUACGUCGACAACAAGAAACCCUCAAUCAACGACUCACGGCCGGCAAAAAUACCUACAUCUGAAACCACCACGGCUGCAUCGAGCAACCCACCCGAACUGAAGACUGAAUCUACCAUCGCAUCGUCAACAAUCAGCUCUAAAGAAGUCCCCCAGACACCACCGUCUCCCCCGCCUGUACAGAAGAUACAAAUCAAGCCAUCUACACCACCUGUCGUGCCUAUCAGGAAGAAGAAGGGCUUCUUCCGUCGACUACGUAACUAUAUCCUGACCUUGGUAUUCUUAGGUGCUAUAUCAUUCGGUGGUGGUGUAUGGUAUUCGCGCAUCAACGACAAUUUCCAUGAUUUCUUCACCGAAUAUGUGCCAUUUGGCGAGCAAGCUGUGCUCUACUUUGAAGAGCUAGACUACAAAAAGCGAUAUCCUGGUGGGUUGACUAUUGGUGGCCGAAACAAGGAUACCGGUGCUCAGGUUAAGAUAUCCCCUCAAAGUGGCGCGUCCUGGCGAGUAGCAGAUACUGGCGAGUCCUCCAACAGACAAUCCAGCGCCAAGGGGGAUAUUGCUGCUAGCAAGAAUGCUGCCGCUGCUUCUAACCCUGAUAAGAAGAAGGCUCGCCCAGAUCCAACAACCGCGAAGGACAAAAAGCCUGCAGCUAAAGGUGCCGAAUCGUCAAAGGUUACUGUCUCAGAACCUGUACCGGCAGCCUCAUCCCAAGUUGCCGAAAAGCAAGUUGUCGAAAAGCAAGCCCCGGCUAAGAAAGACAGCACCAACUUUAUAGCGCCCGAAGUCGACGAGCCCUCUCGAUUCCCUCCUGCUGCUCCCAUUGAUCCUCUGAAUGUCAAAGAUGCCGAUGAGCCCCUGGUGCAAGACCUAGUCAAGAUGCUCAAUGACAUAAUUACGGUUGUGAACGCGGAUAACUCUGAUGACCGGUUUUCGUCCACCAUUGGCAAGGCCAAGAACGAACUCAACAAGGUAGGGUCCAAGAUUCGCGAGCUCAAGGCAAAUGUUGAGAAGGAUGCUGCUUCUCAAGUUGCGCACAAGGUUAAGGAAUUCGAGGGUGCCGCAAGCCAACUGGUGUCUCAUGUCGAGAAAGCAAUGGAUGCGCAAGAACGACUAUGGAAGGUUGAAUUUGAGGAAGAAAUGAAACGCAUUCAGUCAACCUAUGACGCCAAGUAUCAAACGCAGCUGGAGCGGGAAAGGCGCAUUAACGAGGAAAAGCUCAAUAAUCAACUCCUAGAGCAAGCCGUUGAGCUUAAGCGUCAGUUCUUGCGAGAAAUCAAGGACCGUGUGGAGGAAGAACGGAACGGCAGACUGGGCAAGCUAGAGCAGCUCAGCUCGGCGGUCACAGAACUCGAGAAGCUCACGACGGGCUGGAACGAUGUGGUGGAUACGAACCUCAAGACGCAACAGUUACACGUUGCAGUCGAGGCCGUGCGCGCCAGUCUCCACGACACAGAGCAUCCACGCCCCUUCGUCCGUGAGCUUGUUGCCCUCAAGGAGAUUGCCACCGAGGACCCGGUCGUCAACGCCGCCAUUCGUUCCAUUAACCCCUCCGCGUACCAGCGUGGCAUCGCCACACCCUCUCAGCUCAUCGACCGGUUCCGUCGCGUUGCUUCUGAGGUCCGCAAGGCAAGCCUGCUACCCGAAGACGCAGGCGUCGCUUCCCACGCUUCGAGCUGGGUGUUGAGCAAAGUACUCUUUAAGAAACAGGGACUUGCCGUAGGUGAUGACGUCGAAAGUGUGCUCACACGAACACAAACCCUACUCGAGGAGGGUAAUUUGGAUGCCGCAGCGAGAGAGAUGAACGGACUUCAGGGGUGGGCAAAAACACUGAGCAGGGAUUGGCUUGCAGAGGUUAGGAAGGUUCUUGAGGUGCAACAAGCUCUUGAGGUCAUUGCUACCGAGGCAAGGCUACAAAGUUUAAGGGUAGAGUAG